GUCCUUUGUUUGUGCCUUUAUACUCCUUUAUUUUACGUGGAAAUUCAUUGGUCGAUAACUGCAGUAUAUCUCUACUGAUGUUCUUUUCAUCCUUUAUUUGUUGUGCAACAUCAAUUAAUGGUGACUAGCAACUUCCAUUUAUUGCAUAUUACAAUAUUGUCUAUGUCAGUUAGUAUUUCCAGACAAUAUUCUGGGAGACAUUUAUGGGUUUUGUCUUUCUGUGUCGAAAAGAGAGUUGGUCAAAUCCACUUAAUUUCAUGAUGAAGUUCGUAACUGCUGCUUUGAUAAAAUUAUGAUCCCUUUUUUAUUUUUUGUGCACUUUUGAUGGCACAUCAAUGAAUAUAUAUCAUAGUUGCUCCAUCAAGAUCUCUUGUUUAACUUAGCAUAUGAUGGUAGUGUUGCAUCCCACACCCUAGCCCACAACCAAUAGGCAUCACUUUUUCCAUCGCACCCGCUGGAUCUAGCAUUUUCAGCAUUCAUGCUCUAUGCAUAUUAUAAAAAUUGGUUUUUCUUUACAAAAAUUGAAUUCUCUGGUGAUGCCAUCUAAGUUUUAUAAAGAGGGGCUGUGUAAUUAGGAAAUGCUUCAGGGGGCAUUGGUAACAGGGCCAGUUAUAUAGCUGUUAUCAAAGUCAUGCACCAUUUUUGGUUUUCUAUAUACCUAAUAGUCUAUUCUAUCUUGACAUUUCUUCAAUUUGUGCUAAUCAGCUUUGCAGGUUAUUUGUACUUCAAGUCACAACUUAUGUUCUAAGUCAUGUUAGUUUAAUGAUAACUCUUUUACUUUAUAGUUUGGUCCUUGUUUAUUAUUUUCCUCCUAGCUUGGAUAUUCUACCAGGCAGUUCACCUGACAAUCUUCUGAUGCGAUCAACAUGGUUAGUCGGAAGAAAGACAGAUGUCUUGAUACACCUAAGCAACACCAAAGACUAUCAUGCGAACAAUGGGCGUGAAGGGGCUUACUCUUUUCCACCUGAAGAGUCAUCUUCAGAAAUACAGAUUAGGCAAGCAGUCUGGCAAAGAAAUGACUGAUCAAUCCAAAGAUGCUUCCUACCCUUUAGAAAACCCGAGCAGCAGUGGUUUGUCUCCAAGAUUGCCUACUCCUGAUGUGAAUGAGGGUCAGGAAGUCAAAGAGGCACUAAGGGCACAAAUGGAAGUACAACGAAGACUGCAUGAACAAGUGGAGGUCCAGAAGCACGUGCAGAUCCGAAUGGAAGCCUACCAUAAAUACAUUGAUUCCUUGCUAGAGAAAGCAUGCAAGAUAGCCUCAGAUCAAAUUGCAUCAAGUGGUUUCAACGCAACCGGGCAUGACCUUCCUGACCUGACUGCUGGGGUCAUGUGCUCCCCAACCGACCCACUGAGCCCAUCAGUGUUUCAUCAGUUAUCUCUGGGUGCAAUUAGUUUGCACAGCCCUGGGGGCAAGACUUCCCCCGCUUCGGCUAUUGAAGGACAGUCCUUUUACCUGAAGGCCCCUGAGCUAAAACGCAAGUUAUGCUGAAGCCUCAUUAUAAAGAUUAAGACAAUGGCAUUGUUUCCUCUAGUCUUGUAGGCAAGCCUUACCUAAAGUUUUCAGGGACAAGCAAACCAGGCCAAUGACUGAAGUAGCAAAAUGUUUUCUUGUAAGGAUGACCUAAACAUUCUCACGUGAUACUGCUUCCAAUGGCUUUUCACCAAAAAGGUUGUGUCUUAUUUUUCUUUGGUUCUUCUGCUUCAAUGUUAU